GGUGAUCCACAGCUCCAUGAACUAUUCCCACAAACAUCACUGAGCCUCAGACUUUCUUUAACAGGCCUGUCAGACCACAAUGAUCCAGCUGUUUGUGUUCAUGUGCCACAUUUAUACGUUUUAUUUAAAAUCUACUUCACACACAUUUUAUUAUCUGAUAUCUGCGACACACGGAGACUUCCUGUUAAACAGAAAGUAAACUUUGUGCGUGGGCGUGUUUGGGAGCUGCAGGUGUGUCCAGGUGUGGGUUCGUUGGGUCAGCAGAGGAUUUAACGGGACUUUGUGUCGGUUUGAGUUGUUUUUAAAGGAGGAUGAAGACGCUGGUGGUGUUCCUGCUCCUCAUGAACGUGGUGUGGAGUCGCUCCGACCUCAGUCCUCCAAUCGUCCACCAGCGUCAGCUUCAAGGAGACGAACUGAAAGAUCAAAACCAGCGUUACAGCGGCCGAACAUCCAUGAAGACUGACGCUCUGGAUACUGGAGACCUCAGCCUGACCCUGACUGACCUCCAACUGUCUGACAGCGCCACCUACACCUGCUCCAUCAGAAACUUUGGAGAUGAACUGAGUCGGAGUGAUGUACAGCUGCAGGUCAAAGAACGGUUUCCAUCCUGGGCCAAAGCUCUCCUGGUUCUCCUGGUUCUUCUUGUGGUUUCUGGAGGUCUUUUAUUUUAUUUCCGGCACUAUUUCAUGUCAGUCCCCUGGGUGGGGGUGGAUUCAGGGGUGGAGUCUGUCCAGCUGAUCUGCAAAACCACAGUUUGUCUGCCUAAAGACGCUAAAGUGGAGUGGAAGGAUGCAAACAACAGGAAGGUCCACGUGUAUGAGAACGGCUCUGACCAGCCUGAAGAACAACAUGAGGAUUACAAAGACCGAACGAAGAUGAAGAGGAAGGUCCUGGAACCUGGAGACCUCAAUCCCAUCGAUCUCCAGACAGCUGCGGAGUGCAAUGGCAAGUGGCUCUAUAGCCAGAUUGAAAAGAAGAGGACUUAA